CAUAGAGACAGCGAAACACACCAUCACUCUUCAGCAUGAUGCGGUCAACUGAGGAGAAAACUGUACUUUUAUGUGCUUUAGAUGAUGAUUUAGAGGGACUUACGAGUCUUUUGGAAAGCAAGAGCGCCAAUGAUAAUGAGCAAUCAGUGAAUAUUUUGUGUGAAAAAGAUGAGGUUGGUAGAAAUGCGCUGUUUGCUGCGUGUACGCUCGGACGGAGCCGAAUAGUGCGCGAGCUUGUGCGGAACGGCGCUGACGUCAAUAAACUCACGGCGCGCGGCUACUCAGCAUUGCAUUAUUCUGCCAUGUGGGGUCAGCUGGACACUUUAAAAACUUUGGUUGAGCUCAAGGCUGAUUUCCAAGCGAUCAGUUUCCGGGGAGAGAAGGCUGCUGAUGUGGCCCGGCGUUAUCACAAACUGGACUGUGCAGAGUAUCUGGCAUGGGCUGAGGCCAAACAAAGUUUGCAAGCAUUAAUAGAAGAUAUCAGAAACAUUAUAACUGAUCCAGAGAAAGUUCAAGGGAAGCUCAAUAAAGAAGACAAGACUGUGUGUAUAAACAACUGUUCGGCAAAAUCUGACUGGAUACACAACACCAAAAAUGCAACAAUUCAAGACUUCAUCGAACAGAAGCAGCACCUUGAAGACAUACUGGCACCUGUUCUGUUCAAGCUUAACACACAAUCUGAAGCCACAGCAAAGACAAGAAAGCCUUAGAACUUCAUCAUUGCACAGAGGCAUUAUGUCAUUCAAAUGACCAAAUAAAUUGGUUACAUUAACUCAAUACAUGUUCUGCAUUUAGUCUUUUCAGAGAUUAAUAAUAAGACCCUAAAAUAAAUAUUGUACGAUUCCUGACACAGAAUUGCAACGCAACUUUUAUCUGAAAAAAGAAAGCUUUUAACUGCUGUUUAAUGAAUGUUUACUUUACUAGAACAUGUAUUGCACAAUUUCCAUUAUUAACUGAUAAAGAGAAUCAAGGUCAUAUAAACAAGAAAAAAA